GCUCUUCGUUGCCAUUCAUCGGCAGAACCGAGGGGGAUGGUCAUAAUGACGAGAGAAAGAGCUGGUGAAAUGGCACCGUUUACGGCGAUGGUGAUAAUGGAAGCUUAUACCAUAGCACUCACUAUUUUGGCCAAAACAACCAUAACAGCAGGAAUGAGUCCGUUUGUGUUUGUGGUUUACACCAAUGCUGUGGGCUCUCUCUUGCUGCUCCCUUUUUCCUUUCUUUUUCAUCGGGAAAGGACAGACUGGUCGCUCUUGACCUUUCCACUCCUCGUGCGUAUAUUUUUACUGGGUUUAACAGGGAUAGCUAUAUCUCAGAAUCUUGCAUUCGUGGGACUAAGCUAUAGUUCACCCAUCGUUGUAUGUGCAACCCGUCUCCUAAUACCAUCUAUUUCCUUCUUGCUUUCCAUCAUUCUCAUGAAGACAAAGCCCGAUUGGAGUAGCAGCAGCAGCAGCCAAGCCCAAGUGAUUGGCACCUUGGUCUCCAUCAUUGGAGCCAUUGCUGUAGAACAAUACAAAGGCCCAUUUGGCAACCAUUAUCAACUUCAACAUGAACCCACAUUUUUUGUGUUCUACUCGGCACCGGAUCGUUGGGUUCUCGGCGGUGUUCUCCGAGCUACCGCCUCCUUAUCUGUUUCAAUAUGGAAUAUUAUUCUGGCUGGGACUGUUAAACUAUAUCUACAAGUGAUGAAAGUGGCAUCGUUUUACAGCUUGGUCGGGACUCUCCAGUGUCUGGUUUUCUCUUUGUUGAUGGAGAGAGACUUAAAUGCUUGGAAAUUGAAACACAAACAAGACCUUUUACUCGUUGUUUUGACAGGAGUCUUUGGGAACAUUAUCCGUGGCAACGUUCAUUCAGCAUGUACACGAAUGAAAGGCCCUUUCUACGUGCCCAUGUUCAAUACAUUUGGGAUAGUCUUUGCCACAGUUUUUGGUGUUACCUUCUUUGCAAACAGUCUUCAUUAUGGAAGUGUAAUGGGAACAUUGAUAAUCGGAGUGGGAUAUUACACGAUGAUGUGGGGGCAAAUGAAAGAAGAAGAGCAGCGCCGUAAAGAAGGUGAUGUCCAGAGAAUGGACCUGGAGAAAGCUCUACUGUUGGGGAAGGAAGAACACAGAUCUAAGAGCACCAUAACAAUUGUUGAAAGCUAUUGGCAAUGGCAAGGGACCCUUCUUUUUGAAAAUGAUGCUAUGCUAGGUUUUCUAUAA